AUGAUUGGAGAAAACCCCUUUACCGCAACUGACAUUGAUGUGGUUGAUGGCCGGGUCCCAUCUGUGACGCCGCUUAUGACCAAGUUUUUCCGCCGUUUAUGCAACCGGGCGCAAGGCCAUAGCAUAUCCUCAGAGCCAAGCAGCAGCAGAAAUUUUAUGCUCAUUCUUGACAGAGCACGCGACCCGACGAUGCAGGCGGGUGACGCAGCCGUGGGCUGGCUCCCUGUCAGUGACUCUCAGGGGAACUUCAGCGACGCCUACAAAGGAGAAUGCAUUACGGAGCAGCAGGCAGCUGGAGAGACCUCAAAAUACCUGCUCCAGUGGCGCGGCGUCUCUGAAGACCACGCAACGCGGGAACCAGCCGAGCGCCUUCGCGGCUCCCCAGCUCUACUCCACGCCUGGAGGCGUCGACUGGCCCGGGCGCCGGCGAGCGCGCUCCUUCACGGCCGCCGCCCCACCUGCGCCGCCCUGAAAGCGGCGCCUUCACAGCCCCCCAGGGGGCCGCUAUACGCUCGUGGCUGCGCCACUCGCUUCCGCAACAAGGGGGAGUUUCUUAUAGCGGGUAACUAA